CUUGGGCUGAAAUGAAACUUAUCUUCACCGUUUUAGUGGAAUAGAAUUAGAAUGUGUUUGUCCGUUGUAAGAACUACGGAGAAGCAAUGGUGGUUGGGCAGGCUCUUCUUCCUCCUCUUCCUCCUUCAAACUUGCUCUUCAAACGCUAUCCAAGACACCUCUCUUUCUCCGCGUCUGCUUCCACCAAUCACGCGCAAGACACCGCCAGAACUAACAACGCUGAUGAGGAUUCUUCGUCGACGAAACUAUCCUCAAGCUUUGGAAGACUAAAGGCGCAGAAAGUGAAAGCUCUGGUCCAUAGAACCAAGGAGCAAAGGGAACACACAUUACCGAAAUCUUUGGAAGAAGAUGACGAGCAUAGAGCCACAAGAGCAAGACAUUUGAGAGGAUGGGAUAGGGUUUCCAAUUCUCAGCCACAAAGGGAACACACAAAAUCAUCCACUGACAUUAACUUUUUCAGUCUCAAGUCAUUUAAAGAAAUAGGAUGCAGUGACUUCAUCAUUCAAUCCCUUCAAAAACUGCUCUACACGCGCCCUUCACACGUGCAGGCGAUGGCAUUUGGACGUGUUCUUAGGGGAAAGACUUGUGUCAUAGCUGAUCAGAGCGGUUCUGGGAAGACUUUAGCAUAUCUUGCACCAAUCAUUCAGCGUCUUAGAGUGGAAGAAAUAGAAGGGCGUAGUAAAUCCUCUUCGCAAGCUCCUACAGUGCUUAUACUCGCACCCACCGCUGAGUUAGCUUCCCAGGUCUUAGAUAAUUGUCGAUCCAUGUCAAAAUCUGGGGUUCCAUUCAAAUCUAUGGUUGUCACUGGGGGCUUUCGACAAAAAACUCAACUCGAAAAUUUACACCAGGGUGUCGAUGUCUUAAUAGCUACACCUGGCCGUUUUUUGUUCCUCAUCAAGGAAGGCUUCUUACAGUUAUCAAAUUUAAGAUGUGCUGUGUUGGAUGAGGUAGAUAUACUCUUUGGCGAUGAGGAUUUCGAAGUGGCUCUUCAAUGCUUGAUUAAUUCUUCACCGGUUGACACACAAUAUUUAUUUGUGACUGCAACUUUACCAAAAAAUGUUUACAGCAAACUGGUUGAAGUGUUUCCUGAUUGUGAAAUGAUCAUGGGACCUGGUAUGCACCGAAUAAGUUCUCGCCUUGAAGAGAUUCUAGUAGAUUGCAGUGGAGAAGAUGGACAAGAAAAAUCUCCUGAUACAGCGUUUUUAAACAAGAAAGCUGCUCUUCUGCAUAUUGCGGAGGAAAGUCCUGUCCCAAGAACAAUUGUGUUCUGUAACAAAAUUGAAACAUGCAGAAAAGUUGAAAAUUCAUUAAAGCGUUUUGAUAGAAAAGGAGCUCGCAUACAAGUUCUCCCCUUCCAUGCUGCCAUGACACAAGAAUCACGGCUUGCUAGUAUGGAAGAGUUCACUCGUCCGCCAUCAAAAGAAGUCUCCCAGUUUAUGGUUUGCACUGACAGGGCAUCACGGGGAAUUGACUUCGCAGGAGUGGAUCAUGUCAUACUUUUUGACUUCCCACGUGAUCCAAGUGAAUAUGUGAGGCGUGUUGGAAGAACAGCGAGAGGUGCCAAGGGUGAGGGGAAGGCAUUUGUCUUUGUGGUUGGCAAACAAAUAUCCCUUGCUCGCAAGAUAAUGGAAAGAAAUCGGAAAGGUCACCCACUACAUGAUGUGCCUUCUGCUUAUUAGCUCAUAAAGCACCACAUUUGAGUUGGGUGCUCUCAACUCAGCUGCUUCACCACCAUAUUCAACAAUCCAUUGGUAGUUAAAUUAUAUGUAACAUAUGCCCAGCCCAAGGUGGCUUGCGCCACUUGUACCGAAAGCAAGAACUACAUUAGUUACCUAAAAAUAUAUUCAUUUUUAUUUUUAAAUGAUAUUUUUUCCAUUUUUAAAAACAAGAUUAAUAAUUUUAGUAGUCAAUUUUGACAUUUUUUAUGUUCAUUUUG